GCAGGGGCCAUGGCCGGGCUGUCCCGCACCGUCGGCAUCUUCGGCGCCUUCGUGGCCGUGGUGGGAGCUGCCUUUUACCCCAUUUAUUUCCGGCCGCUGCUGCUGCCCGAGGAGUACAAGAAAGAACAAUUAAUGAACCGAGCUGGUAUUGUUCAAGAAGAUAUUCAGCCUGCAGGGCUAAAAGUGUGGUCGGAUCCAUUUGGAAGAAAGUAAUUGGCAGCUGGGUGUGUUGCAAAACUGAAGAUGGACGUCUUCAGCUGCUCCUUCUUUCACUGAAGUGUGUCUUUGGGUGUCACUGGAGGAGAAUUCUGAAUAUGCUGUGUGGGCACAUGAGGAGUAACAAAGGCUACUGGUUGGAAUCCCCAGAGAUAAAAACGUACUAGUUUUGAGAGAGAAUGCUGGUGCAUAGCUCACAGACUGCUAGAAAGCUGAAUGAUUGAGUAUAGAAGUGAAAUAUUUAUUUCAUUGAGAAAAGGAAAAAGGAUUUUUUCUAAUGUGUAGACGCUUAUAGAGUAAAUUAUGGAUAGAAUAAAUCAUGCAGACUGCUGCAAUUUCCUCCCUAGUUUGAAAGUUACAACAUGGUGAGUGUGAAUUUGUACAUUAAAAUUUUUAAACUUCUGUGUACUUUUUGUCAUUAUUUUGCAAGUGUGUGUGGAAGGUACCUUGGCCAUCUGCCAGGUGUCCUUCGGCCAUUCUUACUCCUCCUCCUCCACAGGACAAGGGGAGUAAAUAGAAUGACAGAGCUCAUGGGUCUGGAUAAACACAAGGAGAUUUCUUACCAGUUAUUUUUGCAGGCAAAACAGAUUCAACUUGCAGAAAGUUAAUGUAGUUAAGUAAGUAGAAUUCUGACGCACAACAUUUUAAAGAUCAUUGCAGGAUCCUGUAUUUUUUGAAAAAUGUAACCUCAGAGUGUUAUUCCUAAUGUUAACAGAUGCUUGUCAUCUUUUUGGACAUCACACACUUUUAUUGGGACAACAGAUGAAAGACUCCAUGUUUACAGUGUUAUUUUCCAAACUGCUAUUCUGCUACUUGGUAUUCUAUUUCUACCUGUCUGUCAUUACUCUCACACUCAGACACACGUCUCCUCAGUUUUUAUUUAGUCUUCUAUUAUCACUCUAACAAAAAUAUUAGA